AUGUCGACUUCUUCUCUUUGGGCUGCCAAUGCAGUCAGGAAGAAUAAGAAGAAUAAGGAAAUAUCUGUACCAGGAGGAACGCAAUGGGUAUUAAAUGAAUCAUAUCUGAAUUUCUUAGCAAUUCUUACGCCCACUGAAGAUCAUCAUUAUGAUACCGUUAAUCAUUUGGAUUCCCUAAAUAUAUUCAUGAAUAAUGUAUUGAAACAUCGAGUUGAUACUAAUAAAUUGAUACCCACUCCAACUACUACUAUUAGAACAAGUGAAUUGUUACGACGUUCGCCUUCAAUUGCUAAACCUCAACCGUCGUCAAAAUCAACUUCACCCACCAGAUUUGGUUUUCAUCCAAGAAUAAAGCAACAACAACAAGUGCGAGAGCAACAACAACAAGUGCGAGAGCAACAACAACAAGUGCGAGAGCAACAACAACAAGUGCGAGAGCAGCAACAACAACAACAACAAAAGGUCCUGAUUGAUACAGCAUUUACAAGUGUUAAAUCAAGUCCCACAGUAAGGAGAAUUACGUCACCUGUGAAAAGUGCUCAAGUUCAAGUAGAAGAUCAACAUAAUGCAAUAAGUCAUCCAAAAUCAGACAAAAUUGUCAGUAUACUAGAGGUCGAGGCAGAACAAAGGAGAGAUUCAAUAGGUUCAGAUGAUUCAUUCUUAGCUAUCAAAAGAGGGAUAAGGAAAAGUACUGCUAUCUCAACAUUUGACCCAAUAAAGUUUGAUGAACCAGAAGAAGAAGAAAAGCUGAUUGGUCAGACAUCCUACAUAUCCAAAAAGAGUGAUGCUCCAUAUUCAUCUAAUAGUGAAAAAGAAAAAUCUCAAAUAUUGAAAACACCCAGAAGUUUUAUCUCACUUCCUACUAGAGAACCAUUAGUUCCUAAAUCGGCUGUCCAAAAGGUCAAUAAAGUAAAAUCAAAUGCUUUGAGAGUUAUGGAAAAGUUGGAUAUGGCAUCAAGUAGAGAAUUUAGUUUUGAAGAAAGAGCUGCAACUACAAAUAAUAGAUUUGAAAUUCGGGAUAGAUUUAAGAUUUCUCCGGUUAAGUUAUCUUUCAAUACCUAUAGUAGUAGUAGUUCGGAACCAAAGAUUCCAUGGAUUCCUUUUACUCAAAGAGAAGCGGCAGCUCAGUCUCCCGAGAAACUUAGCAACUUGCCUGCAGAUCCUGUAGCGGAAGCUGGAAUAAAAGAUGACACAACGCCAGAGAAAAAUGUACCGAAUGGUCUGGUGAACAAACACGCAGAUGAUAAGGAGGAAAUUCCAAAAAAGAGAGAAAGAAUUCUUCAUUUUUCCACAGAUGAUGAAAACAUGAAAGAGGAACACCUGGCAAUCAAGUUUUGGGAUGGGGCCAAAUCACCACAAUGGAGAAAAGAAACUACUUUCUCCGAAAACAAAUCCCCUUCAUUAAAUCUAGAAACAAGUGUCUCCGAACACAGAUCGCCAAUUUUAAAGCCAGACACCAGCCCGGCGUCCCCUAAAUGGAAAAUACAAUCGCCAGAAGCAAUAUGGAGCACAGUAGAUAGACUCCGUGCAUUAUCUCCAGUUAAGCUCCCACCAUCGUUCACUGCCAAAUCUCCAAUCAAAUCACGAAAAUCACCACUACGCACAACCACAACUGCAAGAACAUUGCUGCCGGAGAUGCUUGACCGAUUGAAUAGAACAAGUCCAAUCAGAAAAAUAACCAAACCGAAAUCAGUAAAAGGUUCAGAAGUGACCACUACUACAAGAAAUCGAUUCUUAACGACUACAUUAAAUGCCAAUAAUCCGCAAUGGAUCAAUAGACACAAAGUAAAGAAUCCGUCACCUAUAAAAAAUCGAGCAGAUUGGGAAAAUGCUGGAAAUGAAGGAGAUUUGGGGAAGGUUAAGAAGGUUGUACCACCGCCACCACCGCCAUUGAGGUUAGAACUUAAGGCGAUUCCUACAUUAAAGAAGAAGUCAAUUAUGGAACAUCAACCAAGAGCUGGUGAGAGAGUCAAACUUGCUGUGGAUCAGCAUCAGUAUGGAAUAAAGCGGAAAUCAGAACAUGUAUCGGAGAAUCAAAUUGUUAGGACGGGGCAUACAUCCGUAUCCUCGAUCGAGAGAGUUGGAAAUAAAGACCUGCGGAUUACUUCAUCACAUGCAAUGUCGAGAGAACACGCCACAGCCUCAGCACCAUCCUCAUCAGCAUCGGCGCUGCAUAUUGCUACAAUCGCACUGAAACUGACAACCAUUAGAAGACCGCUCGAGGCAGUAUUACCACCAGCACCAUCAUUACAUAAACCAAUGCGAACCAAAACAGGAAAUGCCGUGCCUCUUCCCGACGCAGCCAGGGGAAUCUUCAAUUCUGAAACCAAUCCCGCCAAACGAAGAAAAGUCAAUCAUCCAACACCACCUGCGAUAUCACCAAUCAGGGCCAAGCCGAGAUCCCGGAGUACUAUAUUAGUCUCCACUCCUCCAGGCAAGAAAGUCACUCCGGAAAAUCUACCAGAAGUCCUAUCUGACGAUGAACAUUCUCCUAAUCGAGAUCGAAAUAUUUUAAAACCAUGGGCGAGGUCACCGGAAUUGCAGAGGUUGAUGGAGAAUGUGAAUGGGAGAAUGGAUCCUGGGCUUGUGUUUGAUAAAGGUCCGCCAGUGUUGGAUUUGGUUGCUAUAUUCAAGAACCUGCGGGAUCUGCGGAAAUGGAGUAACAAGCAUACGUAG